AUGGACAGCGCCGCCCCGAACUCCUCCGCCGCCGCCGCAUCCGCAGCGGCGGCCGCUUCCGGUAACGGCGUACAGGGUGGCGCCGGCGGCGACCGUCCCGAGGACGCCUCGAAGCAGAACCUGGCGCAGGUAACGGGCUCGAUCCAGAAGACCCUGGGCCUGCUCCACCAGCUCAACCUCAACGUCUCCUCCUUCAGCUCCGCGUCCCAGCUCCCCCUCCUCCAGCGCCUGAACGCGCUCGUGGCGGAGCUCGACACGAUGCAGAAGCUCGCCGACGGGUGCAACAUCCAGGUGCCCAUGGAGGUCGUCAAUUUGAUUGACGAUGGGAAGAACCCCGAUGAGUUCACCAGGGAUGUGCUCAACAGCUGCAUCGCCAAGAACCAGAUCACCAAGGGCAAGACCGACGCUUUCAAGAGUCUGAGGAAGCAUCUUCUUGAGGAGCUUGAAGAAGCUUUUCCUGAAGACGUUGAAGCAUACAGGCAGAUACGUGCUACUUCUGCUGCUGAAUCAAAACGGCUGGCUCAGUCCCAAAGUGUUUUGCCUAAUGGAGAUUCCAAAGUGAAAGCAGAACAUUGACACGAGGACCCAAUUGCAAAGAGCAAGCUCUGUAUCUCUCAUAUGCUAGUUUCAGGAAGGCUUUGUAAACCAACUGAUAUAUCCUUAUAUGCACUGACCCCUUCAUACAAGUGAUCAGUACAUCUGUAUAAUAUCUCAUAUGUAUAUUCAACUUACCCAUCUGGGGAAGUGGAUUACCCCUUGAUGUA